GUUGGGAAAUACCUAUUGGGUCAAAGCAGUGUGGAAAACAGCUCUCUCAGUGCAGAUCUCGAUGGUGAAAAGACCAGAGCAUAUAACUUUGCACCAGGAAGUCAGAAUGAUCUUUCUUCUAGUUUUUGUGGCGUUGGUUCAUUCUGCAGUGGAGGAAAAGGCACCAAAAUUUCUCGUUAUUGGCCCGAGCGUUAUUCACUUGGGGGUGGAGGAGACAGUGAGUGUGCAACUGCAUGAAGCCAUUAAACCUGCCAGUGUAGUUCUGUAUUUCAAAGAUUCUUUGGGAAAUGCGAAACUGAGCGAAUCAAAAACUGUGACCUUAAAUGAAGAUAAUCAAUAUCAAGCUGUGGUGACACUUAAGGUUGAUCCAGUGAAAUUUUUCAGUCUCAAAAACCAAAUAAACGUCAAUCUAAUUGCUAAAAUAAAUGGCCAUAUUAAAACAGUUCAUGUGCUUGUGUCAACCAGAAGAGGUUAUAUUUUCAUUCAAACAGACAAGACAAUCUAUAAUCCUGGAGAAACUGUCAAAUACAGAAUCUUUACUCUAGAUAACUAUUUGAUGCCUAUAAAUGAUAAGAUCAAUGUCCAGAUAUUUAACUCCAAAGACCUGCUGGUCUACAGACAUGUCCUGAAUUCGGAUCAAAUCCUGCAGAAGACGGUCACUAUUCCAGACAUAGGAAUGGCAGGAAACUGGAAAAUCACAGCUUCUUAUUAUGACUUCCCAAAGUCAAAGUCUUCUGUGGAGUUUGAGGUUCGAGAGUAUGUUCUGCCCUCAUUUGAAGUAAAGAUCGAGGCUGCAAAGCAAUACCUCUCGCUGAAAUCUAAUGAUUUUCAGUUCAGAAUCUCAGCCAGAUAUACGUAUGGAAAGAGUGUCAGUGGGGCAGCAUAUGUGCGAUUUGGACUGAUCGACAGUAAAGGAGAGAAGACUUAUCUUCCUGGUAUAGAAAAACAGAUAAAGGUUGAAGAUGGCCAGGCAGAUGUCAUAGUCCUCACUAAAGAUUUACAGUCUGCUGCAAAAAAUCAGAACAUUGAGCACAUUACAGACCAGUACCUCUACAUCGCUGCUACUGUUCUGGAAAAAGCAAGUGGAGAGGUAGAGGAAGCAGAGAGCUCCUCAGUGAAGAUCGUGACCUCUCCGUAUGUCAUCGAUUUGUCAAGGACAAAGAAAUAUUUUACUCCUGGGGGUAUUUUCUCUAUUCUGGGCACCAUCAGCUUCCCAGAUGGCACCAGAGCUCCUAAUUUGAAAACAAAAGUCGAUGUGACUAUUGAUAAACAGACUACUAAUAUGGAGAGCACCGGGGAUAGUAGUGGAAACAUAGCAAUCACAUUUCCAGUCCCAGUGAAGACCAAGCAAAUGUUUAUCAGGGUGCACGUGCCAGGAGAUGAUGACACAGACAUCGUGAAUGACGCUAAAAUAAAAAGCAAAGCAAUCAGUGAUGAAUCUGGCAGUUACCUGAGUGUGGAGGUGCAGCAUCAGAUCCUCAGCCCUGGCCAAAGCCUGCAGGUCACAUUGAGAGACAUCACGACACCUGGGAAUUCAAGACCCUCGCAUAUCUAUUACCUGGUUGUGAGUAAGGGCAGAAUUCUGCAAGCAGGCAGUGUGCAGAGAACUGAACUGACCUCCAUAAGCCUGCCUUUCUCCGUGGACAUGGUGCCUGCCUUCCGCCUGGUGGCCUACUACUACUCAAUAAACAACAACAUAGUGGCCGACUCCGUAUGGGUGGAUGUGAAAGAUGUGUGCAAAGGAAAGUUAGAAAUAGUUCCAUUCAAUGAACUGAAACCCGCGCAAGAAUUUGAUGUGUCAAUCAAGACGGAUCCGGACAGCAAGGUGGCGCUAAGUGCAGUGGAUUCAGCUGUGUAUAUCCUUAAUAAAAAGGGCAAACUGACUCCUCAGAAGAUGUUCGAGUUUAUGAACUCGUAUGAUCUGGGAUGCUCUGCAGAAAUAGAAAACUCCAGGUCUGUCCUGGAAACUGCAGGACUCACGUUCAUCUGUAACUGUGAAACAAAUCCAAGUGUACUUAAAGCUCAUAAAUGCUUCAGCGACCGUCAGAGACACAAGAGGGACCUCAAUGCACUCGUCAACAGCUACAAGAACCAAGACAGGAAGUGCUGUGAAGAUGGAAGGAAGAAAGGGCUAAUGACAAAGUCAUGUGAUCAGAGGAUGAAAUAUUUAAUGCAUCAGUCAAAGAGCUGCCAGGAAGCUUUCAAAAAGUGCUGCAAGGCUGCAGCGGAAAAGAGGAAACAGGACCAACUGAAGAGAAGGAUGGGCAACUUAGGAAGAACACAUGGCACUGGAAUAGAGGAGGAUGAGCUUGAUGAAGUCUCCAUCUACAUCCGUAGUUUCUUUCCUCAGUCAUGGAUGUGGGAGAUUUUAAAUGCAGACACCUCGGGCAACAUCAGGCAUUCCACAAUUGCUCCAGACUCCAUCACCACAUGGGAAGUUCAAGCUGUGGCUCUUUCACCAACUAAAGGAUUCUGUGUAGCAGAUCCACAGCCUCUAAGAGUCUUCCGGGACUUCUUCAUAUCCGUAAAACUGCCCUAUUCGGUGAAGAGGAACGAGCAGCUGGAGGUGAAAGCUGUCGUGUUCAACUACAAACAAGAAAGAUUAGAGGUCACCGUGAGGAUGGACCAGGUGGCAGGGUUGUGCAGUGCCGGAAGCGGAGACGUGGUGCAGAAGGUCACAGUGGAACCCCACUCUGCCAUUGCUGUUUAUUUCACUGUGGUGCCUCUGAUCAUCGGAACCAUUCCUAUCAGAAUUCUGGCGUAUGCCUCGCACAACAUCAAUGACAAGAUCCAGAAAGAGCUCAAAGUAGUGGGAGAGGGGGAGCUGUUCUUCAUUGAAAGUGAAUACAACAUCGAUGCAAAGACUGAUAAAAAACUGGAAUUCGAAAUUCCAGCCCCUGAGGAUGAGAUUCCAGGCCAGGAAUCAACUACACACAUGAGUUUUAAAGGUGGUGUAAUGGGAGAAUCUGUGGAUAACUGUCUAAACCUGGAGGGAGUGAACGAGUUGAUCAAGCUGCCUACAGGCUGUGCAGAGCAGACCAUGGUGAAGAUGUCUCCUGCCAUUCACGCCAUGAACUAUUUAGACGCCACCAACCAAUGGAUUUCCCUGAAAGCAGAGCGCAGAGAACAAGCUGAAAACAUGAUCCAAGCUGGUUACACUCGGGUCCUCAUGUACAAGAAGGACGAUGGAUCCUAUGGGGCGUUCCUAAAAACACCCAGCAGCAUUUGGCUCACAGCCUUCAUCGCCAAGGAGCUGACAAGAGCACGGGACAUUAUCAGCGUUAGAGAGUCACACAUUCAGGAUGCCGUGUCCUAUCUGAUAUCCAAGCAGAAGGCUAACGGUGCAUGGGACGACCCAAAUCCUCUCUAUGACCGAGGAAUGAAGGGUGGAGUCGGACAAUCCGAGGACGACGUCCCCUUGACGGCAUAUGUCCUCAUAGCCUUUAAUGACGCGAUGCCUGUGUAUGAACUGGGGACGGACACGGAACUGCGAGUAGCUAGCGAGAAGGCGAGGGCAUACCUCCUUGAGCGUUUUGACGCACAACAAAACCUCUACGCUGUCGCCAUUACGGCCUACGCUCUGUCCCUGAAUAAUCAUCAAAGCCCAGAUGCCACGCGAGCUCACAGGAAGCUGAUGGAUUUGGCCACUUGUGAUAACACGCGCUGCUUCUGGGACGUCAACGGUACAGUGGGAGGGCUGGAUAAGGCAGCAGAUGCCAUUUCGGUGGAGGCCACAGCAUACGGUUUGCUCCACGCCUUGACCAUGCAGAAUGAAGCGAAAUCUCAGAAGAUCGUCACGUGGCUCACCGAGCAGCGCAAAUACGGAGGAGGUUUCCGGUCCACACAGGAUACAGUCGUAGCCCUUGAGGCCCUGUCCAAAUUUAGCAUCCAGAGGAAUGACCUGGAAGACCUGGACCUGAGAGUGGAAAUAUGUGUGAACGACAAGCUUAGGCAGGAUAUGCACUUAAACAAGAAAACAGCACUGACCCAAACAGCGAUUGAAGUCAAAGAAGUGGGCAAAGUAGUCCUGAACGUCAAGGGACUAGGAAAAGGAACAUUAGCGGUUAUGCAGACAUACAGAGCUCUGAAAAAGCAUGAGUCGUUCUGUGACCACUUCGAUCUCAGUGUUAAAGUGGAUGGGGAACUCCAAAUCUUAUCUACUGAAGAAGAUGAAGAUGAAAAGAUGUUGACCGAUUACUAUAACUAUGAUUAUGAUGCGAGAGAUGAACCCAUGAGCAGACAGGACUGGUUUGAUCUGCGCACCCGCAGAAAAAGACAAGCUCCAGAAGAACUACAGAAAGAAAACAGACUGGUUUAUACAGUGUGUGUGAGCAAGAAACAAAGAAAUUCCACUGGUAUGGUCCUGGUGGACAUCUCACUCCUGACCGGACUCACACCAUAUAUCAAAGAUCUGGAAGAUAACGCAAAAGGCACAGAGCAAUACAUCGACCAUUAUGAUGUUCACCACAACAAAGUAUUCCUAUACUUUAAUCAGAUCACUGACGAGGAGACGUGUGUGAGGUUCCGUGCAGAGCAGAUCGUUCCUGUAGGCCUUGUCCAGCCUGCAGCGGCCGUCAUCUACGACUAUUACAAUCCAGACAGGAAGUGUUCGGUGUUCUAUACAAUGCCGAAGGACAGUCCAAUGCUGGCCAAACUGUGCGAAGCAGACGUGUGCACGUGUGCCGAGGGUGGCUGUCCAAGGCUGAAAGUCACCUUCAGUAAGAACAUGGAGAGGAACACCAGGUUUCUGCAUGCCUGUUUUUCACCCAUUGUUGAGUACGUUUACACCAUCAAGAUCUUGAACUUCAGCCAGGACGGCGUGUUUCUAUAUUAUUCUACAUUAAUUACAAAAGUCCUUCAGGCGGGCAAGGACAUUACCGUCCAAGAAGGUCAAGUACGGGAAGUGCUCCAUCGCUUAUCAUGUGAUGAGCUGAACCUGAAAAUCGAUGCGAAUUAUCUGAUCAUGGGGCAGGAUGACACUACGUUUGGGGGAAACAAUAAUUCCCGCUUCAGGUACAUCCUGAAUAAUAAGGUGUGGAUCGAGGAGAUGCCCCCGGCUUCAAAGUGCCAGGCGACCAAAAGCAAGCAGGCUUGUCUGCUUCUCGAUAGUUUCAUACAGUCAUAUUCUGUAAACCAGUGUGCGGUUUAGCGGCGACGAGAAGACCACGAGUCGACACAGGAAGCAUUUGUGACACCACACACACACACACACACACACACACACACACACACACACACACACACACACACGACACGUAGCUCAGUAAAGUGUGUGCUUUUAUUUUCAGUGCAGAUGACCAAGAACAAAAUGAGGGUUUGUGGAACAGCACAGCAGAAGUUUUGAAAGCUUGCUUCUCUUUAAAAAGGUAGUCAUGAGACUCCAGCUUGGGGAAUGAACAGGAAGUAAAUGGUAGUACUUUGAGUCACACAAUCAUUGUGAUUAAAACAUAAUUACAUAGCAGAACAGCAUUAUUUGAAAUGUAUCCACCCUGCUUUAGAUGGUGUAGAAAUGUCACAUGACUUCAGAAUGAAUGAGGGUAGGGGGGUGUAUCGUUUAUAUUAAUGCACAGUACAGUAACAGCUGGAUGCUUUGGAGAGGAAACUGAUCACUAAUGCAAUAUAAAGUCUUCAAUAAAGAAAUAAAAAGAAA